UGCUGGAAUUUGGACAGGUUCACCCCUUAUUUGCCACGCUUACAAAUCAGCUGGAGAAAUACCAGAUAUGUGGCAAGGCAGAGGGUUUGUAAACUAGAAAGAGAAGGGCUGCCAAGCAUGGACCAGCCAGGGGACCGGCAGAGCUGCAGUUCCACGGGCGAGAGGAGGUCAUCUGCUCAUUUCUCUGGAGAAUAAGUGACAGAGACACAGGCGAAUGGGCCAAUGGAGGUUAAACAUAGAGGGAAUGUCCUUAAUAAACUCCCCAAUGGGAAGCAGUUUUGCUUUUCCUGGCCCUCAGGGCGCUAGACCAGCCACUAGCUGGGAAAACAAGUGCUGGUGCCAGAGCCUUCUGUGGGUUCCAAGGCUGCUUUUUCAGAGACAGCUAGCCAGCCCACUGGGGAGCAAUCAGAUAAACAUAUGGCUGAGGAAACCGCAUAGUGCCUGAGAAACCAAAAUAACAUGCACUAAACCACACUGGAAGACUCUGAAAUCUCUCAGUGCCAGAGACCUUCAGAGAGAGAAGAGAGCACUGACUGCCUUUGCGCUGCUCACAGUGAAGGAGCCACCCAGCCCCCUCCUGAGAAAAGGCCCAUGGAUACAGUACGGAUUGCUGUUGUGGGGGCUGGCGUGAUGGGGCUUUCUACUGCUGUGUGCAUUUCCAAAAUGGUCCCAGGAUGCUCCAUUACAGUCAUUUCAGACAAAUUCACUCCUGAGACCACGAGUGAUGUGGCAGCUGGAAUGCUUAUUCCUCCUACUUAUCCAGACACACCCAUUCAGAAGCAGAAGCAGUGGUUCAAAGAGACCUUUGAUCACCUGUUUGCAAUAGUCAAUUCUGCAGAAGCUGAAGAUGCUGGUGUUAUUUUGGUGUCUGGUUGGCAGAUAUUUCAGAGUAUUCCUACUGAAGAAGUGCCAUACUGGGCUGACGUGGUGCUAGGAUUUCGAAAGAUGACCAAGGAUGAGCUGAAGAAAUUCCCCCAACAUGUGUUUGGUCAUGCUUUUACGACACUCAAGUGUGAAGGCCCUGCCUACCUCCCGUGGUUGCAGAAAAGGUUAAAAGGAAGCGGGGGCCUGAUACUCACCCGACGAAUAGAAGACCUGUGGGAGCUUCACCCGUCCUUCGACAUUGUGGUCAACUGUUCAGGCCUUGGAAGCAGGCAGCUUGCAGGAGACUCAAAGAUUUUCCCAGUGAGGGGCCAAGUACUCAAAGUGCAGGCUCCCUGGGUCAAGCACUUUAUCCGAGAUAGCAGUGGGCUGACAUAUAUUUACCCUGGCGUAUCCAAUGUAACCCUGGGUGGCACUAGGCAAAAAGGAGACUGGAAUUUGUCCCCAGAUGCAGAAAUUAGCAAAGAGAUUCUUUCCCGAUGCUGUGCCCUCGAGCCCUCUCUCCGUGGAGCCUAUGACCUAAGAGAGAAAGUGGGUUUGAGGCCCACUAGGCCAGGCGUACGGCUGGAGAAAGAGCUAUUAGCUCAGGGCAGCUGGAGGCUGCCUGUGGUCCAUCACUAUGGCCAUGGAAGUGGGGGCAUUGCCAUGCACUGGGGCACUGCUCUGGAGGCCACCAGGCUGGUGAACGAGUGUGUCCAAGUCCUUAGGACUCCUGCUCCCAAGUCAAAGCUGUAGGUGACCCGAAAUGAUAGCAAAUGGCCCCAGAAUCUAUUAAUCAAAAUGUAACUUAAGUACCAGAAGAGAUUCAAGUAACUUUUCUGUUGAAUGAAAGUUUAAUUGGACACGAUUUUGUUUUCAAAAUUAGAAUUGAUGCAAUAGGUAUCAGUAGACUUAAACCUACUACUGAUCUAACUUAGUACUAGUUAGUAGUAGCUAUGACAUAGGGCGUUAAGCUCUAUUUUUGUUUUAAAAAAAAUACUUGCUAUAAAGAUUUCUUUUAAAUCUCAGGUCCAAGGAUCUAAGCUAAUUCACAUGGAUGCAAGAAUUUUGAUAUAUUUUUUUUGGCGUAUGAAUCCACAGGAGGAGAUAAUGUAUGGAAAACACUUAACUCACUGUCAGUUGCAGAGCUGCCGUGAUGCUCAUAGGUUGUAGUCAAGUGAACACUGUAAUCCUUAAAAAUUACACGGCGAUAUACAAUUCAGGCUCAUUCCAUUUAGUGGAAGACAAAGGAUGAAUCCUGCUAGUAUUAAUGGCAACCUCUACUUCCCCUCAGCUGGCAGAUGGUAGAAGAUAGUGAUGAUGUGCUGCUUACAGGUGUGGCAUCAACUCAAUUGCUGUCUGGGGUCAGCCACCUAAGGGGUGUACUUUCCAUUACCACAAAUAAUUGAGAGGUGGCUUACUGGGUGGCUGACUUUGCCUAAGCAUUUUUGAAGAUUGAAUUUCAUGUGCAGCCAAAGAGCUAAUUUGCUAAUUAAGAUGGAACAAUUACUCUGAAUGAAAUAUAACCAAAGAGUUUUCUGCAAGUUGUUAAAAAGUACUGGGAAGGAGUGGGAGUAUGUCUCAUGACACAAUGAUUUUGGAAUUACUGAAUUAAUAAAUCUAAUCUGGA